AUGGCACGCAGCAUAUUUUGUUGCAGCCACUUGCGGCUGCUGAAGCAGCUCGAGGUGUUGCUGCCGCUAUUGCUGCUUUUGGGUGCAGCGCAACAACAGCGCAUCUUUCCAGCAGUAGCAGCUGCUGCUGCUACUGCUGCUGUCCCGGGCUAUGUGUCACCCGAGGCAGGGGCAGCAACGGCAGCAGCAACAACAGCAGGAGCAGCAGCAGCAACCGCGAAUUUAGCUGCCAUUGCAGCGGCCACGGAUGGUACUGAACACUCAGCUGUCGUAUCGGAAGCGCCUGCAGACGCGGCUGCUGCGCCAGAUCUGUCUUCAGGUGCAACGGAUUCUGCUGCAGCAGCAGCAGCGGCAUCAGCGGCUGAAGCAGCAGCAACUGCAGCAGCAGCUGAACCAGCAGUAGCAGCUGAAACUACAGCACCUGCAGCACCAGUAGCAGCAGCGCCGGCGGCAGCAACACCAGAAGCACCAGCUGAGAGCCCGCUGGCUUCCUUAGGAUUGCCGUCUACUGCGGAAGCUGCAGCAGCGGCAAUGCUUGCUACAGCAGCAGGACCUUCGUCAACACUCGCGCAGCCGGCCCAAGCGCUGCAGCAGCAAGAGCAGCGAGACAUUGCUGGAGCUCUUACUGCUGCUGAUAUUGCUGAGAAGGCCGCUGCAGCUGCAGCAGCAGCUGCAGCAGCUGCAGGAACCAUAUCAACGGAGCUGCUGCAAGGCAGCGCUGGCACAGCUUCUCCGGAAGCUUCUGCUGCUGGGCCAGACCGCUUGUCAAGCGCGGCAUCGGAGCCUCUGGCUGCGGCAGCAGCAGCAGCAGCAGCAGCGGCAGCAGCAGAGGAGAGCGGAGACCAGCAGCAGGAAGGAGAGGCGCCACAGCAGUCUGAAGUGCCGCUGCCGGCUCCCCUCAGCCUCCUGCCGGCCUCUGUUGCUCAAAAAGUCAAAACUGUCAUUCGUGCUGCUGCUGUUACUGCUGCAAUGUUGAUGCAGCUGACGCCGCUGCCUACUAUUGCCAGAAUCGCCGCCUGCAACAGCACUCUAGGCCUCGAGAGCCUGCCGUUCUUCAGCCUUUUCUUUUCAGCCUGCCUUUGGCUCCUUUACGGAGUCUUGAGGGUGGACCCGGCCAUUUUGCUGCCGAAUGUUUCAGGUGUCAUUGCAGGGGGGUGGUUUGUGCUGACGUUUUGGGCAAACACGAAUCGCGGGGACAAGCAGCGGUUUUUGCUGGGGAUAUAUUUGAAGGCUGCUGCUGUUAUUAUUGCUGCGCUGGUGCUUCUGUGCAUUUGCUGCCCGCGCAGCUUUGCAGAGCUUAUUGUGGGGCUUGCUGCCUCUGCCGUGAACGUCUUGUCUUACGCUGCGCCACUGGCCUCCCUCCGUGUCGUGCUUAAGGAGAGAAGCACCGCCUCAAUGCCAGCGGAGAUGUCAGUUGGGAAUCUGCUGUGCGCGGCUCUGUGGCUCGCCUACGGAUGGAUUGCCCAAGACAUUUUUAUUGUUGUGCCAAAUUUACUAGGCUUCUGCGUGGGUGUCGCGCAAGUGGUGCUUCUCGCUGUGAUACCGCCUCCGUCACGUUUGGGCUUUUCAGCCGUUGGCUGCAGCAACAGCAACAGCAAGAACAACAGCGACAGCCGGCACUGCGCGAGCUUCUUAGGCCGGCCAUUCUCCUUUCGGGGGAAAAGAGACGACUACCAAUGGAUUGAUGGCAGCAAACCCGCAGCCAGCCCCGCACCUGCUGGCCCCACAGUGGGGCCCUCUGUUUGCGCAAUGUCGCCUUCUCUGCCAACUCAUGAGGAGCUUCUUCGGCACUGCGCCAUGGAGGCAGAUGUUGACGCGCUAUACGUGCCAGAGAAUGACUUCCUAGAGUAG